CCGAGGGGACAUCCCUGUGAGGUGACCGCAGCCAAGGUCCCUCAGGUGACACCCCUGUCACCAGGAUGACCAUGGGGACAUCCCCGUGGAGUGACCAUGGCCAGGAUGACCACAAGGACAUCUCUGUGAGGUGGCCCUGACCAGGAUGACCAUGGGGACAUCCCCGUGGAGUGACCAUGGCCAGGAUGACCACGAGGUGACCGCGGCUGAGGUCACUCAGGUGACAUCACCCACAGGGCCACCCCAGCCCCACAGCAGUGUCCCUCAGUGUCCCCAGCUGUCCCUCAGUGCCCCCUCAGUGUCCCCUCAGUGUCCCUCAGUGUCCCCUCGGUGUCCCCAGGCUCCCCGGCCGAGGCCACCAGGGCAGGACACGGUGCCACCGCAGCUCCUGUCCCACCGAGAUCCCUGCAGGGCCCCGGGACCCCCAGAGCCCGGGAUCCGGGGGGAUCUGGGGGGAUCCGGGGGGAUCUGGGGGGUCCGGGGGGGUCUGGGGGGGUCCGAGUGUCCGAGGCCCCGCGGGGUCCCCGGGAGUCCGGUCGGGAUCUGCGGGAUCCGCGAGGGGCUGGGAGGGUCCAGGUGGAGCCAGGAGGGAUCCGGUGGAUCCUGGCAGAGUCUGGAGGAUCCCUGUGAGACCUGGAGGAUCCAGGAGGGAUCUGAAGGAUCCAGGAGGGAUCUGGUGGAGCCAGGUGGAGUCUGGAGGAUCCCUGUGGAAUCUGGAAGGUCCAGGUGGGAUCUGGUGGAGCCAGGUGGAGUCUGGAGGAUCCCUGUGGAAUCUGGAAGGUCCAGGAGGGAUCUGGUAGAUCCAAGUGGGGCCUGGUGGAGCCAGGAGGGAUCUGGAGGAUCCAGGAGGGAUCCGGUGGAUCCUGGCAGAGUCUGGAGGAUCCCUGUGAGACCUGGAGGAGCCAGGAGGGAUCUGGUGGAGCCAGGAGGGAUCUGGUGGAGCCAGGAGGGAUCCGGUGGAUCCUGGCAGAGUCUGGAGGAUCCCUGUGAGACCUGGAGGAGCCAGGAGGGAUCUGGAGGAUCCAGGAGGGAUCUGGUGCCGAGGCAGAGCCUUGGAAGCUUCAAAAGUGCUGGGAGAGAGCUCGGGGAGAGUCCCAGGGUGGACACAGAGCUGGGAUCUGCUGGGAUCUGGGCUGGAUCCUGGCUGGGAUCUGGGCUGGAAUCCUCACUGGAAUCUGUCUGGAUCCCGUGGAUCCCUCAGUCACUGCAGCAGCAGAUCUGGUUCAGUCCUGGUGGAUCCCAGCUGGAUCUGGGCUGAUCCUGGCUGUAAUCCCAGUUGGAUUUGGGCUGGAUCUGGGUUGGAUUUGGGCUGGAUCCUGGCUGUAGUCCCAGCUGGAU